AUGUUGACUGCCAGGAUCCUUCUCACCCUCGCGGUGUCGGCGACCAUCGCAUCUGCCGCUCCGCCCAAGCUCCUUCCUCGUCAAAUUCCUGAGUUUGGGUCUUGCGACCGCUGUACGCAGGCAGUGAGCGAUCUUGGCCCGUACUGCCACUACAAGCCGGCCGAAGAGUGCAAGAAGGCAUGCGAGAGCCGCUUCCUUGACCCGCUGAACGCGUGUGCCACCUGUUUGGCAUCGGACACGACCGCCAACGAAUACGGCCGCAAUUUGGUCCGCGAUUGGAUAGCACACAUGGAUGAGGCGUGCAAGCCCCCCGCACAGACUACCUAUGGCCAAUGUAACACGUGCGAGAAGGCUAUCGAGGAUCUCACUCCAUUUUGCCACGGCAAGAGUGCCGAAGUCUGCCGCACCGCUUGCAAAAGCGAGCUGCUCGACCCACUCAAGACAUGCUCGGACUGCAUUAGCUCUGACACGACGGCGACGCAACAGGGCAAGGAUCUCGUCAGCCAGUGGCAGAGCCACAUGGACACGCAGUGCCGUGCGCUCGGCGGGAGCUGCACGGAGCAGUGCGGCGCCAUCCGGCCCGACAUGGAAGCUCAAUGCGGCACCAGUGGCGCUAGCUUCAGCGGUUGCCGGGAGCUCUGCAACCGCUUCGACUCGGCCUCGAACUGUGCCUCUUGCCAGCAGAAUCUUGGCGGGCUGCCUGAUCUCAUGGGGGUGAGCUGGGGUGCUCUCCAGUGGUACUGCCAGAACGGGUGCGGGCCGACGUGUAUGGGCGUCGUCGACCAGAUCAACUCGCAGUGCAAGGAUGAGGCCACGUGCUACACGGCCAUGUGCUCGGGCGACGCCAAGGCCAAGCUCGACGAGUGUAGCUCAUGUCUUUCGAGCGGACCGAUUAUCCAGACUCAGAUGGAAGAGCUCCAGUCCGGGGUGACGACGGUUGUCAACCUCUGCAAGGGCUCCAAGCCAGGCGGCACGAUGUGCUUCGACGAGUGCAACCCGAUCCUCACCAAGGACAACGAGCUGUGCCAGGCAGGGGACCAGAUCAAGUGUCGGGGCAUGUGCGCCGAUGAGAACAUCAGCGCGAUGGCCAAGUGCAACGAGUGCGUUAAUCGCUCCGACUACACCGAUUCGAAGGAAGCCAAGGAUGGAAUCACAAACUACUACGGCUCCCUCACCAACUGGUGCAAGCAGCAGACAACGAACCCCGGCACGGUCAACCCUCCCACGGCCCCGAGCACUCCAUUCGUUCCAGUGCCAGGCGGCGGUGGCUCCAGCGGCGGCGGAAGCGGCACCCGUCCGGGAGCCAUCACUAUUGGCGCCCCUGGAACGACCACAACGGGGCGCGCUGGUUCGGCUGCGUCAGCCAGGCCUAGCAGCGCUGCUCGGACUCAGUCCUCAAUUGACAGCUGCUCAUUCGUACUUGGGGUGGGCAUUGUGGCAAUCGUGGCAGGCUUGCCUCUCUAA